AGCUGGAAGCUGAUCAAUACACAACGCUGAAGACGAGAUGACAUUACGGUUUGAGGCUUCCUGUCCUGAUGGCCUAUGUCCAGGAUGGAGUGUCAUCCUAAAAGGAGAAACCCCACCUGAGGCCAGCAAGUUUGAGAUCAAUUUCCUGUGUGACCGCGAUGACAGAGUAGCAUUCCAUUUCAACCCGCGCUUCACCGAGUCUGAUAUCAUCUGCAACUCUUACAUGGCCAACCGUUGGGGUCAGGAGGAGAGAUGCAACCACUUCCCCCUCGGCGUAGAGGAGCCUUUCCAGAUUGAGAUUUACUCCGACAACGACCACUUCCACGUUUACAUCGACAAAGCCAAAGUGAUGCAGUAUAAGCACCGUGUGGAAGACCUGAAGACCAUCACUAAACUGCAAGUGGUGAAUGACGUCAAGAUCUCCUCUCUGGAGAUCACUAAAAAACUUUUUUACUGAGUCUGGGCGGUGCAUUCAAUUGGAGCUCGCUUUAUGUUUGUUGACAGUGCAUCAAUGUAUUUUCGCAUUCCUGUUGAAAACCUUUUAUUGGUCAAGAGGAUCUUCUUGGGUUGAUCUGCUAGUAAAGGUGUGAUUAUCUGUAUUGGCAUGCCGUAUAACUGAACUCUAUAUUCAUUUGAAUCUCUGAAUAAAUGAGAGGUCAAUGACA